AUGGCCCAGCAAGCAUCAGAACCAAAUUCCAGUGGCGUAUCAUUUCAAGAACCACACUUUCAACUAUUAAUGUCUCAACUGUCAAUUCUAACCAAUGGUAUGAAUGAUGUGCGUGCUUUACUUACGGAACAGACAAAAAAGAUUGAUGGAUGCAUAGCCAAUGUUACCAAUUUGAAGCAAGAGAAUGAUAAACUGCAAUCCAAAGUGAAGGAUCUUGAAAAAAAACUGGAUGGUAUGUCUGCCUCUAAUAUUUAUGCAGAAUUCGCUGCAAGGAAUCUUCGUGAAAAAAAUAUCAUCAUCUACGGACUGGAUGAAUCGUCUGAUGAUUUGAUUAAUGUAUCUGUGAUCUUAACCGAGCUCAACCCUUCAAACACACCUAAACCCUCCAAAGUUACGAGACUGGGUAAACCAUCUAGUCAGAAACGCCCUUUGAAAGUCGAAUUUUCAUGUCGCGAAGAAGCUAUUGGAAUUUUAUCAAAAAAAUCCAAACUCUCAUUGAAGUCCUUUUCGAAUGUGAAAAUAAAAAAUGAUUAUACUCCAAAACAAAGAGAGGAGCUUGCAAAGAUUUACCAAGAGUUUGAUCAGAGGAAAGCUAAUGGUGAGAGUCUGAGGAUCAAAUUCAUUUUUGGCCAACCAACAAUCGUUCCUGGUUCUUAUAAAAGACCCCGCGAAGAAGAUGAAUCUCCAAACAAGAAUGUGACAAAAAUAGUCAAACCACGCCCAGAAUCUUCAAAAAACUCUUACUGA